AAACAUAAAUACGAAGUUUUGAAUUAACCAAUCAUAUUUCUUCUUGAAUGUUUAUCUAUUCAAUAUGCCUCCGUUGUUUAAAACUGGCCAAUCACAGAGAAGAAUGAUUUUCCCUAAACAAACUUUAUUGUCUCGGUUAUUUUUCUUUUUUUUUCUUCUUUUGUUACAUCAUAAUUAAGCUGAAACAAAUGCAUCAAUGUAUAUCUAUUGUAGAUAAUAAACCGUAUGAGGAUAAUAUCAAGCAUACCAUAGAAUCUAAUAGAACAUAUUCAACAAUGAAUGAAUCAAGAAAACAUUCCAGAUCUAGUAAACAAUAUGAUAGAUUAUAUCAUCAUUUCAAUGAAUUAAGAAAAGAUUAUUCUAUACAUGAUCUCAUAGAAGAUGAUGAUGAUGAUGAUAAUGAUGAUGACGAUGAUAAUAACCAUAAUAGUAAUCAUCCAAUCUCUUAUUCAGAUGAUGAAUGUACCUCUAGAUCUUCUAGAAAAUAUAGUUUCUCUCAAUUAUUAUUACGUAAAGCAUCUAAUCUUUCAAAACGAUUUAAAUAUUAUAUGAUGCAUAGUAUUACAUUAUUUAAUGAAGAUUUAUAUGGUUUAUCAUGGUCAGAAGCACAUGAUAUAUUACAAUCAACUUAUGGAAUAUCUAUUGAAACAAAUGACAAUACAUCAUCAAAGAAUUGUAAAAAAUUACGUCAUUUUAGUACAUCUGUAUUACCGAAUGAUUAUACUACUAUUACUACCAAUACUACUACUAAUACUACUAAUACUACUAAUACUACCCCUAUUACUUCAUCAACUAAUUCUAUGAAUAGAAUUUCACGUAAAUAUUCAGAUAGAUAUUCAUUACAAAAACAUUCAAGACUUUAUCAAUUAGAUAAACCAUAUUAUAUACAAUGUAGAUCGACUGAACCAAAUAUAACAAACAUUUCAAUGUAUAUUGAUAAUGAUUUAAAAAAGAAUAAUUUAUCAAAAUUAUCUUUCACAAAAUUAAAUCAAUCACAAAUGAAUAAAAUCAAUAAACAAUUAAUAAUCAAUGAUCAAUUAUCAAUAAAUCAAUCAUGUCAUAGCAACAAUAAGAAUAAUAAAUAUACAGUUGACUAUAAAGAUUUACAAUCCAUAGAAACUAAAAAUAAUAGAUUACAUCAUCAUUAUUAUCAUAAAUAUUAUCAACCAUUAGAAGAUAUUAAAAAUUGGUUUAUUCAUUUAAAAGAAAGUCGACGAAAAACUUCCAUGGAAUUAGAGGUACUAAAUAAUAAUAAUAAUAAUAAUAAUAAUAAUAAUAAUAAUAAUAAUAAUAGACGAAUUCGUAAAUCUCUAUCUAACUGA